GAAAGACGGAGGUCUUUUGGUUCGACUUAGCUUCUGAAAGCUCUGCUCCGAUCAUUUUCGCUUCUCCUUCUUCUAGUUUGUUUUUUCUGAAGCUCGAAAUCUGAUAACAAUGGCGGUGAAGCCAACGAAAGCUCAAAAGAAGACUGCUUAUGAUAAGAAGCUAUGCGAUCUUCUUGAUCAGUAUGGUCAGAUCCUAGUGGUUGCCGCCGACAAUGUGGGAUCGAAUCAGUUGCAGAGCAUUCGACAGGGUUUGCGUGGAGAUUCAAUAAUUUUGAUGGGAAAGAACACUAUGAUGAAGAGAUCCAUUAGGCUUCAUGCCGAGAAGACUGGGAACGAUGAUUAUCUUAAUCUCAUUCCUCUCCUUGUGGGGAAUGUUGGUUUGAUUUUCACAAAGGGAGAUUUGAAGGAAGUAAGGGAAGAGGUGGCCAAAUACAAGGUUGGAGCUCCUGCCCGUGUAGGACUUGUUGCACCUGUUGAUGUCAUUGUGCCACCUGGCAACACAGGAUUGGACCCUUCCCAAACUUCAUUUUUUCAGGUGCUCAAUAUUCCAACCAAGAUUAACAAGGGAACAGUUGAAAUCAUCACCCAUGUAGAGCUUAUAAAGAAAGGUGAUAAGGUGGGCUCUUCAGAGUCUGCUCUGCUCUCAAAGCUGGGAAUAAGACCAUUUUCUUAUGGUCUAGUUGUGAUGUCUGUAUAUGACACUGGCUCAGUCUUCAGCCCAGAGGUACUUGAUCUCACAGAGGAUGACCUGGUUAUGAAAUUUGCUAAUGGUGUAUCCAUGGUCACCUCUCUGUCCUUGGCAAUCUCAUAUCCAUCCUUGGCUGCUGCACCCCAUAUGUUCAUCAAUGGCUACAAGAAUGUUCUGGCUAUUGCAGUUGCAACUGAAUACUCUUUCCCUCAGGCUGAGAAAGUGAAAGAAUACUUGAAGGAUCCUAGCAAGUUCGCAGUGGCCAUGGCACCAGUUGCAGCUCAAGGGUCUAGUGCUGCUCCAGAAGGUGCUGCCAAGGUGGAAGAGAAGAAGGAAGAAGCUGCCGAGGAGUCUGAGGAUGAUGAUAUGGGUUUCAGUUUGUUCGAUUAGAAUUGUUUUUGGUUCUUGGUUCUAUAGGGUUCUGCUUUCUUUUUCCUCUUCAAUAUUUUGAAUUAGCUUGAUGAGAUUUAUUUUUUCAUGCUAUAACUUCAACAUAUUCCCAUGAUUGGGUUUUUUUUGGGGGGGGGGGUGGUGUGAAAAGGGAGAUUAAUGAUUAAUUCUUUUGAAUGACAACUAUAAUGAUCUGAAAUUAUCGGGUUUAUGAAAAGAAGGACGCUGUUGAUUUCACUCCACCCAUGUGAAAUAAAAAAUCUCAUACAUAUUGAUACCCCUA